AUGCCUGAAAAAAUGACCUGCAGUCUUACAAGUCUUUUCGGCAAGACAUUUGGUCAUAAACUGCCUCCUCCUUCUUCCGCCUAUGCACUUCCACCAGUCCAAGUGCUCCUUUCAUCCCGAGACAAAUUCUCCGAAUUCUAUCCGCGCCAGCUACAGCACGACACUCCUCUUGCUACCGUCUAUCGGAUCUAUGUCGCUAUCCUCGGAGGCCGCCACCUCACCCUGCGCAACGAGAUAGAGUAUUUCUGGAACCAGCACCAAUGGCGUGUUUGCGAUAUCCCCGAACCACCGCCUUCUGUUGUCCAGGAGAGGGACCAACGCGCUGUUCUGGCCACGAUCCCCUACCUCCUCGUCAAAGCAUUCAAUCGCCUCAUAGACCGGGGACUGCCACGAGAUACGCCACCAAUCAUUCACGAUGAGUUGAUGGCGGAGCUAAAAUCCCGACCUAAGGUGUUUGAAAAAGUCCCUAGAUGGGCCGAAUUGGUGGAGCCAUUGGAUAGACCGUUGGUGAUACCGGACGCCAGAGGUGCGGCACCACGGGAUGCCAAUGACCGUGACGUGGACGGCGAGAUGCGCAAGAAAAAUGUUUUGCUUAGCCUACAUCUCUGCACCAAGACUGAAAAGAGAGGGAGACGAGGUGAGCCUGAUGCGCUCUUACAAGGGUCUCUGUUAACCUUCAAUGAGCCAUUCGCGUUUCAAUCAAGAGAAUUCCUGAGAGAGUUACUUGUUGGAAAAGUGAUCACCUUCGAGACCUUUUAUACCGUUCCCACCACAAAGCGAGAGUAUGGUCGAGUCAACCUGCCCAAUGGGCCCAGCUUCCCCGAUCGGGUGGUAGCCGAAGGAUGGGCCAAAUUGCGAGACGACGCUGGCAAGAAGGAGGAAACCGAAGAUGCUGCUGCAUAUCUUGAAAAGCUGCGCAAUCUCGAAUCCUCAGCCAGAAAUGCCGCAAUAGGCGUAUGGAGUUCCACAGGUGCGAAGAUAGAGACGUCUUACGAGGUGACGGAUCCGAAUGCUCUGGUCGAAGAACACAAGGGAAAGCCAUUAGACGCCAUAAUAGAGAAGGUGCUGACUGGGGAUCGCUUGAUUGUGCGCUUGUUGGUUUCGCCACAGAAGCACAUUCAGACAAUUCUUGUUGUUGCCGGAGUACGGACGCCCUCAACAAAGCGAACUUCACCAGAUGGCAAAGAAAUUCCCGCCGAAGCUUACGGAACUGAGGCGCAACAGUUUGUUGAAGAGAGAUUACUUCAACGGAAGUGUGCUAUUCAGUUGGUGGGAUCAACCCCGCAGAAUCAGCUGAUAGGGUCUGUGAUACAUCCUAGAGGCAAUAUUGCGCAGUUCCUACUUGAUGCUGGCCUCGCUCGAUGCAAUGAUCAGCAUGUCACCAUGCUUGGGAACGAUAUGGCGGCCUUCCGACAAUCAGAGAAAGCUGCCAAAGAUGCUCGAAAAGGACUCUUUGCCGGCCACGCUGCUCCGAAAGCUGGAGGUGCGCCGGAUGCCGAUUAUACUGUCGUCCGAGUUCUGAAUGCGGAUACGAUAUUUAUACGACCACGUGCCGGUCCAGAAAAGAAGAUCAACCUUAGUAGCAUUCGACAGCCCAAACCCUCCGAUCCCAAACAAUCACCGUUUUCAGCAGAUGCAAAGGAAUUUCUUCGAAAAAAACUAAUUGGCAAACAUGUGAAGGUGAGCAUUGAUGGCAAAAAGGCGGCCAGUGAGGGCUAUGAGGAGCGAGACGUUGCUACCGUCACACUGAAUGGGAAGAAUGCUGCGUUGAUGCUAGUCGAAGCUGGUUAUGCGUCUGUGAUACGACAUCGAAGAGACGAUGAAGAUCGAUCCGCAGAUUACGAUUCACUCCUGCUCGCCGAAGAGGCAGCACAAAAGGAGGGAAAAGGAAUGUGGGCGUCGAAACCACCAGCUGUCAAGCAGUAUCAGGACUACUCGGAAAGCCUACAGAAGGCCAAAAUGGAGGCUUCUGUGUUGCAACGGCAGAAGAAAGUCCCAGCGGUCGUCGAUUUUGUCAGAUCUGCCUCUCGUUUUGUGGUGCUAGUGCCUCGAGAAAAUGCAAAGCUCACCUUCGUCCUCUCGGGUAUUCGCGCACCCAAGUCAGCCAGAAAUGCCGAGGAGAAAUCAGAGCCAUUCGGUCAAGAAGCCCACGACUUUGCAAACCGAAGAUGCAUGCAACGGGAUGUCGAGAUUGACGUUGAGAACACUGACAAAGUUGGCGGCUUCAUCGGCACCCUAUACGUCAACCGCGAGAACUUCGCCAAGGUCCUCGUCGAAGAAGGCCUGGCAGAAGUCCACGCCUACUCGGCCGAACAGUCCGGCCAUGCAAACGAGCUCUUCGCUGCAGAAAAGAAAGCCAAAGAAGCCAAAAGAGGCAUGUGGCACGACUGGGAUCCCAGCAGAGACGAAGGCGAAGCCCAACCAUCCGAGCCAGCACCUACCACAGACACCACGAACGGCGACUCCACCACCGCCCCUCCUAACUCCGCAACCCCCAAAGCAAAAGACUACCGAGACGUCCUCAUCACGCACGUCGACCCGGAAACGGGGCACCUAAAGCUGCAACAAAUCGGGCCCGGCACCACCUCCCUGACCGAGCUGAUGAGCUCCUUCAAAGCCUUCCACCUCUCCCCCAGCACCAAACCCUCACCGCUAACCAGCGCCCCCAAAGUCGGCGACAUCGUCGCCGCCCAAUUCAGCCUCGACAACGACUGGUACCGCGCGCGCAUCCGCCGCGUGGACCGCGACGCCAAAACCGCAGAGGUGACGUACAUGGACUACGGCAACUCGGAGAACCGACCGUGGAGCCAGCUGCGCCCACUCACCCAACCCCAGUUCAGCACCCAGAAACUGAAACCCCAGGCCAUCGACGCGGUCCUGUCGUAUAUCCAGUUACCAAGCACAUCGCCCACCUACCUCGCCGACGCGGUGGCCUUCAUCAGCGAAUCGACUGACGGGAGGGAGUUGGUCGCCAACGUCGACCACGUAGCCCCCGACACCGGGAUCCUGCACGUCACGUUGCUGGACCCGAAGAACAGUAAUUCCGUGGCGGAGAGUAUCAAUGCGGAUGUGAUUCGCGAGGGGUUGGCGAUGGUGCCGCGGAAAUUGAGACCGUGGGAGACGAGGGGUACGGGGCCCGAGGUGUUGAAGAAGUUGCGCGAGUUGGAGGAGGAGGCUAAGGAGGGGAGGAGGGGGAUGUGGGAGUAUGGCGAUUUGACUGAGGAUUAG